AUGGCUUUCGAAGAAAAGCCGCUCGAUUCCUCCAUAAACCUCGAUGCCGUUCUCGAGAAUCGCGUGACAAUGAUCGUUGGGAAAGGCCAAAUGGUGUACUGGCAAGGAAGCAAUGUCACCGUUUACGAGAUCGACGACGAAGGGCGGGAGCAGGCAAGAAAACUUGUUGGUAUGCCAAAUGGACAAGGUCUUGCUCCUGAGGGUGUCAAAUUAUACAUUACGAAGGGGAAGGUGACAGAACAAUCCUAA